CGCGUGCGGGGGGGAGAGAGAGAGAGAAAGAGAGAGAGAGGGCGCGCGCGCGCGUCAGCGUGUGCGCCGCUGCCCCCUACCCCAGCCCUCCACCCCCUAUCUCUUUACAGGACUGCCAGCCCGUCUAGAGUUAUUCCAGGAAUGCGUUGAACAUGGCUGCCGCGACGAAGGCGCAGAAAACGGGACUGCUGGAACUCCGCGUCACCGUGGACCGCUGGACCCGCGUGCUGGCCACGCUCACCGAGGACACGCUGACGGUGAAUCCCGGCGAGGGCGUCGAGGAGCCCGCGAAGCCCAGCCCGAGUGCCGCCGGGGCGAUCAACGGAGACCCCCCGAACCUCAGCCCGUCCCCGGUCCCGGAAACCAUCACCAACGUGAAGCGCACCGUGCGAGUCACCAAGCAGGACGUCGGAGGGCUCGGGAUCAGCAUCAAAGGGGGCAAGGAGAACAAGAUGCCGAUCCUCAUCUCCAAGAUCUUCAAGGGCCUGGCCGCCGACCAGACCGAGGCGCUGUACGUGGGCGACGCCAUACUGUCCGUCAACGGCUACGACCUGCGGGAGGCCACGCACGACGAGGCCGUGCAGGCCCUGAAGAAGACGGGGAAGGAGGUCAUCCUUGAAGUGAAGUACAUCAAGGAGAUGUCGGCCUUCUUUAAAAGCUCGGGGUCCCCUGGGGCCUCCCUCCCAUGGGAAUCUCCCCCCUCCACGCCGCAGAGGGGCUCGGAGCUCUCCCCCGCCGAGGUCAAAGAGCCGCGCACGGUUCCGCUGAAGAUGUGUCAGGUGUCGCGGAAACACUGCCCCCCGGACACAGAGAACAGGUAUUUCGAGGUGAUUUCGUCCAACAGAAAGAACUCGGUGUUCCUGCGGGCGAAGGAUCCGGCCAUGGCCCAGUCCUGGUACAACGCCAUCCAGGCCGGGGCGGCCGGCCUUCUGCCUCGGGUGAAGGAGGAGCUGAAGAGCAUGCAGCCUGGCGUGGACGUCAAACAUCUGGGCUGGAUUACGGAGCAGGUGUCGCACGGUCCGGAGAAGCCCGUUCUGGCCGUACUGACCGACAAAGACCUGCUCCUGUAUACGUCCCUGCCUGAAAGCAAAGAGAGCCUCAGCGGCCCCAUCAAGAGUCACCCCCUCAUCACCACCAGGCUGGUUCACUCCGGCCCAGGGAAGACCUCCCCCCUCCUGGAUUCGGAGCUGUCGUUUGGCCUGCGCUCAGGCACCAAGCAAGGCGUGGAGACGCACGUGUUCAGGGUGGACUCGGCCAAGGACCUGUCCGUCUGGACUCAUCUGCUGGUGGAGGGAUGCCACAGUGCUGCGGAGCUCAUCAAGGAGGUCACCACCGCCUGCAGCUGGAACGGGAAGGAGUGCACCCUGGGAGUGCACAUCGACGACGGCUUCACGCUCUUCACCGAGGAGAUGGGCGUCAGGAAAAGCGUCCUCCUCCACCAACCGUUCGAGCGCCUCAGGAUGUCGUCGGAUGACGGCGUCCGCAUGAUGUUCCUCGACUUCGGAGGCACAGAUGCUGAAAUCCAACUGGACCUCCACUGUUGCCCUAAGACCAUAGUGUUUAUCAUCCAUUCUUUCCUGUCUGCUAAAGUGAAGCGGCUCGGCCUCCUGGCGUGAUAAUGGCCAGCCGUCCAGAACACCAGCAAUAGGAAUAUUCAAUAAAAUCCAGAAGACCCUGAAACCCUGGAGGGGAGCGAGCAGGAAGAGAAGCCGACUAACACUGUCUUCUCCCUUUUCCUAGACCUCUGAAUCAAACCUGCUGGUUAUUCUUGUGGAAUAAGUCAUAAAACUGCUGCUGGACGUAUUUGUAAGGUAACGAGCGGGCUUGACAUGUGUGACAUAUGUCAGAUCGCUCCCAGUAGGACUCUCUUACAUGAGUAUGACAGCCGGCAGCUUUAUGCUUCUAAGUCCCAAGCAUUUGAUGUGUUUUCCCAGCCAUUGUUGAGUUUUGUUUGUCUCAUGAGUCACAGCAGGUCUUUGUCACGCGCGUCCUUUCUUCUUUCAAUCUUCGCUUUGUGCAAAACUUAUUUCAUAAAUGUCCUGAUUGAUGUUGGACAAACACUUUGUUUGCACAGGCGGCUUCGGUAGAUUGACAGGACGCCGUGACUGGCGACUACACCAUCCACAGCCUAUACUGAUCAAAGUACACAACCGCUAUAAUGGCUGCCGUGGCGUUUAGGUGACGCUACGCUACUAAUCCAUUAAUUUACAAUAUUUAAGACGACGUUCACGUGUUCUUCAUUGGAGCUGAAUCACUGAGAUUGAGAUUUCUUGCCUGUCUCUUUGUUUCUAGUUGUGUUCAUACUUGAGAAAAAACUAACAGAGUACAAAAAACUACAAGCCAUUGUGGGCAAAGUUUGGAGUUUAAUGACUACAGAAAACAAACAGGCUUUGUCAGAGGACCUCGACUGUUUGUUUAGCCAACAUUUGAAUAUGUUAAUUCAAAUACCACAUAUGUUCAUUUUAAUAGAUAAUCCUAAUCAGUGUUCAGUGUUUUUCCCUCAUGAUUUGUGUUAACUAAACAUCCACUACUUGGGGCCUUCUCUCUCUUAACACUAGACAACUGGUAUUAAUAUAUAUUUCAAAACUAAAGCUUGUUUGCUUUCACAAAUAAAUCUUAUUGUAUAUUCUUAUUUAAACAAAGUUGUGCCUUGAAGGUUGUUUGUAUAUAAACAUGUAAUAAACUUUGUUAACUUUUA